AUGGCUCUUGUAACCAGAAUCCCUUCUCUUUCUGCAUCUUGUUCUGCUUCCUGUUCAACUGCGAACAACCAAUCAAGAAAAUCCAAUUCUUUUAGAUUCACACCAGUUUUUUCCAUUAACUGUUCAUUACAUUCACAAGAAACUUCGCCUUUUACUGAAAAUCACUCUGUUGAAAGGUACGAAAGAGAUAGCUGGUUGUACAAGUACCAGCUACAGAAUUCCUUAUCUUCCUCUUGCCCAGUUCCUCCUGAUCUUGAAUCCAUCAGAGAGUAUGAUAUUGCAUUGCAGCUCCCGGAGCUAAAGAAAUUGUUAGAAGUUUUGAGAGAAAAGAGAGAGAGUGAAAAUAGGGCUCAGAGAAGGUGCCCUGGAAAUGUUUUCUUGGUGGGGACAGGGCCUGGGGACCCUGAGUUGCUGACAGUGAAGGCAUUGAGGGUGAUAAAGAGCGCUGAUCUAUUGUUGUAUGAUAGAUUGGUGUCUAAUGAUGUGUUGAAUUUGGUGUGUCCGAGUGCUAGGCUUCUCUAUGUUGGCAAAACUGCUGGGUACCAUAGCAGAACCCAGGAGGAAAUUCAUGAAUUGCUUUUGAGCUUUGCUGAAGUUGGGGCGAAUGUAGUGAGGCUGAAAGGCGGGGAUCCAUUGGUAUUUGGAAGGGGUGGAGAGGAGAUGGACUUUCUGCAACAACAAGGAAUUGAAGUUAAAGUCAUUCCGGGUAUAACAGCUGCCUCUGGAAUAGCUGCAGAACUGGGGAUUCCAUUGACGCAGCGUGGUGUUGCAAAUAGUGUUAGGUUUCUCACAGGCCACUCAAGAAAUGGUGGGACAGAUCCUCUAUUUGUAGCAGAGAAUGCAGCAGAUCCCGAUUCCACUCUGGUUGUUUAUAUGGGCUUGUCAACUCUCCCUUCUCUUGCCUCAAAAUUGAUGCAUCAUGGAUUGCCACAAGAUACAGCAGCAGUGGCUGUUGAACGAGGAACAACUCCUCAACAACGCACGGUGUUUGCUGAACUGAAGGACCUUGCUGAUGAAAUCGCGCUAAAUCAGCUGGUAUCACCAACUCUAAUCAUCAUUGGGAGAGUCGUUGCUUUGUCUCCAUUAUGGCAUCAUGUAAAGAAAGAGACUUCUGUUCUGAUGGAGGCCAAUUAG